GUGACGUCACGCAGCCGGAGCGCGUGCGGCUCCGUAUCAUGAGCUCGCGACCCCAGGAAGCUUCAAGAAAACACAACGACACCUGUUGUUUUAAGGAAUAACAGCCACUUUUAACCGGUUCAACGUGUCUGAAAGCUCCGGAGCACCGAGCCGAACUGUUUAACGGACCCUGUGGACUCGUUCCGGGCUGUGAAGUUGACCGUGUCCGGGUGAACUUGUCCCGGGUUGUUGUUGUUGUGGUGGAUGUUGGAGACGGCUGCAGCGGGAGAGGACUGAUGUCGCUGCUGCUCCGUUUUCUGCAGCAGAAGUUGAGGGGAUAAAGAGAGACAUGGCUGAAGCUCGGUCUGAGGAAGAGGAGGAGAACAUGAUGAGGGACAGCCGGGAGCCAGUGGUCCGCCGGCAGCCCAACAGCUCCGGAGGUCGUCCUGACAGACGUAAACCGGAGCAUCGUCACAGCCAGGGUCCUCUCUCGUCCAUCAGAGCAGCCAUCAAGAGAACCUCCACCAGGUCAACGUCUCUCUCUGAAUCGUCCAGAGACAGAGACAGAGACAGAGAGCGAGAGAGGGACAGGGACAGAGACAGGGACAGAGACAGAGACAGAGACAGGAGGCGACCGGAGAUCACCAUCCUGUCUGCGGAGCCGCUGUCCUCCACGUCCUGGUUCCCUGGAGCCUCUGGAGGAUUCCCACCUCCCCCUCCUCCUGCUGCACAGAUCUGGGGACCCACAAUCCCUCCGUCCAUACAGCCUCCUCCGUCCUACGAGGAGGUGAUCAGGGAGAAGACACAGGAGCAGGUUCUCCUUCCUCCUCCUUCCUCCUGCCCCUCCUCAUCAUCACGUCCAGCUUCUACGAUAACCAUCGCCACCCAGACCGACCCGGGAUCCGCCCCCGACCCCCUGGACUCUCCGGCGAGAAGACCAUUGAGACCGCCGCGGCCGCCUUACCCUCCCAAACCGUCUCACGUUGAUGACAUCAUCGCCAUCGCAGCCAGCCAAUCAACACACGCCUCCCUUGACAGCGUGGUACCAAGCGGCGCCCGCACACACUGCUGCGACCUCCUCGCUGAGCUCUGCUCGCCUUUGACCACGACCUCCGGUGCUCAAACUGACCAAUGGGAUCAGUCUUUUGCUGCCGUUGACGUGGCAACUCCUCCCGCCUCUUCCUCUCACGCCCCGUCGGAGCGCCCCACGCCACGCCCCCGCUCCAGGCUCAGCGCGCCGACCGGCAGCGACGUCAGAGUCCAGACCUUGGUGAAACUGCGCGAGGACGGUUUGGCGACGCUAGCUGCUGCCCGCGGGGGAACCGACGCCGCCGACCGGGGAGUGAGUCAGGGGAAGUACCUUCAGGAGCUGCUCGACGCCUUCAGCGGGGACGACUGGGGCUUCCCUGAUCGCCACAGCGGCCAAUCAGAGAGCGAGGAGGACGAGGACGAGGACGAGGAGGACAUGGCGACUCUGAAAGCGAGGAUACAAGCCUUUGAGCAGCAGGUGGAUGAUGGGAGCGGCGGAGACGGGAACAACGGAGACUGUGUCGUCACUAAGAGACCUGAACCCCGGCCACGCCCUCGUCUCCAGGGGCAACCAGCCAAAUCCAUCCCUCCCACCGUCGCCCCGAAACCCAAAAACUUUUCACAUGCACCCAAACCGUCUAGCAAGGUAUUCUGGGAGGAAGGUGGCUUGACAGACUCGGGUAGCGCUGAGAAAACAACCGACGUGAACACUCAAUCUGCGACCGAACCGACAGCUUCCUGUUCCCCGAAAUCUGCUCCAGCUUUGGUACCGCAACCCCAAAAACCCUCCGUAUCACCGAAACCACAGUCUGCACCAGAACCCCUCCCGUCCGGUACCUCGGCCCCCGUCCCGGCCCCCAGGCCUCCUCCGCCCAAACUCACCCCCUCCGUCAGUGAGGCCAACCCCAAACCUCCGCCCAGACCUCCGGUCGCCCCCAGGGCCAGCGUAGGGGCUCCGCACCAGGAUAAGAGCGCCACGGCUGGGCACGCCGCCCCAAGUCUGCCCCCGAGACCCUCUGUGGAGGUUGGACAGACCGAGACUCAGACCCAGACCGGAGGUGAUGUGACGCAGGACGCUGCAAACCAAACCGUGAAAGUAGGAAGUGUUCGUCCAGGCGUCCCGACCAAACCAGCAGCCCUGACCUCACCACGCAGAGCCAGCGCUCCAAAUCUGGCCCCCAAACCCAGUGUAGCCUUGCCAGCACCUCCAGAUCCAAACCCAGUCCAGUCCAAACCUACAGCUCCCCCCAAACCUUCAGGGCCAACCCCGGGCCUCAAACCCUCAACCCCAGCUCCGGCUUUGGCUCCGGCUUUGGCUCCAGCUAUGGCUCCUGCUUUGGCUCCGGCUUUGGCUCCGGCUUUGGCUCCGGCUUUGGCUCCGGCUUUGGCUCCGGCUUUGGCUCCGGCUUUGGCUCCGGCUUUGGUUCCGGCUCCGGCUCCGGCUCCGGCUCCGGCUCCGGCUCCGGCUCCGGCUCCAGCUUUGGUUCCGGCUCCGGCUCCGGCUCCAGCUUUGGUUCUGGCUCCGGCUCCGGCCCCGGCUCCGGCUCCGGCUUUGCCUCCGGCUCCGUCUUUGGCUCCGGCUCCGGCCCUGAGGAAGGGCCCCUUGAUCCACACCAAACCAGAAACUACCGGCACUGCAAACCCAGACUCCUCGGACCCUCCUCUCCCUCCACGGCCUUCGAGCGUGAAGCUCCUCCCCCUCCGUCCUCCACCAAUCAAAUCCAUCCCCGGGCGGCCGCCACCUCCAGCCGUCAGCUCCUCAGCCAACCAGUCGACUCCUCCGUCCAAAACUAGCCCCGCCCCCUACGUCCCCCCAGCCAGCCAGUCUUCGCCUCCACAAACCACUUCUCCCGUAUCAGCCAAUCAGGUGCAGCCUCAACGGGCACCAAAGAGAGGACCGCCUCUGCCCCCCCGCCCAAAACCUGGACACCCGCUCUAUAACAGCUACGUGAAACAGGAAGUCCUGAUCGUCCUGGACGACCCGAGUCCCUCAGAGCACCAAUCAGGUGAAGGGAGGAGUCAAACCGCCGUCAUCAACCCAUCACAGUGUCUCCUGGACCUGGACACCCAACCAGAGCCUGCCCAAGAUCAGGACAGCCAAUCAAAACCUGGCCUGGAGGGCCUCAGCCUGUCAGACUCACAGUCCAUUCUUCCGGUGCAGCCCACUGAGCAGAAAGAACAACCCGACCCUCCUCCUGUCAGCGGUCCUCGGUGCGUCGCCUUGUUCGACUACGAGGGCGAGGAAGAAGACGAGCUCACCUUCUCCCAGGGUGAUGUCAUCGCCCUCCUGGAGCUCAUGGGGGAGGAGUGGGGGCGUGGCCAGAUCCACGGGCGAAUCGGGAUAUUCCCCCUGAACUUCGCCGAGGUGGUGGAGCCGCCCUCGCCGGAGGGAAAACCAGCGCCAGCAGAGACCACGGUGACAACAGGAAGUACCGCACCAAAGACGUCACCGGACCGCGACCCCUCAGAGGUGAAGGAGUGGGCUGAGGCUCUGUUUGACUUCCCCGGUCAGACUGCAGAGGACCUGUCCUUCCACAAGGGGGCGCUCAUCCAGGUGACGGAGCACAUUGACGCUGAGUGGAAGAGAGGACGACUGGAGGGGAGGGAGGGCAUCUACCCUGCUGCCUUCACACAGCCCUGCCUCGCUCAGCCAAUCCCAGGCCAGCAGUCAGCGGUUAAAGGAUUGGCCAAGUUUGACUUCACAGCAGAGAGUGUGGAUGAGCUCACUUUAAAGGUCGGUGACAUCGUAACACAGGUGGAGUUUGUGGAUGAGCAGUGGAUUCUGGGAGUUGUGGGCGGGAAGCGUGGGAUUGUUCCGAAAAACUACAUUUCACUUCUCUGAGGAGGAAAUCCUGAAAAAAAUGGGAGAAUGUUUUUCUUUAUUUUUUCUUCAGUUCUUGCAGCCGCUCUCUGCAGGACGGGUCGGUUGGUUUUGAACUGGCGAACCUUCGACCUGACCGCCGUUCUGUCAACGCUACAGAGAGCGCUGCGUACGCUGAAACAUGUCCAACGUUUUUUUCAAAAAACUUUACAGGCAGUUUUUAUAUGAAACAAAAAGCCGCCUGCUCAGUUUUUUUUUGUGCUCACUACAUUGGAGAAACUGGAUCUCUGAGGUGUGAUUGGAUCGUCUCUUUGAUUGACGUCAACGGGACGGACCUGCGCUGCCUUAACGCUGGAGUAAAACCGAUUUCACACCGUUGAUUUUCGUGUUGUGAUUACUUCCUCUGGACUUGCCUGCAUUUGCCUUUCUGUGGUUCAUUAGUCCGACAACUCCCGACAGCUUCACGUGUUUUCACCCUGCACCGGUGUAGAUGCUUCAAAUCGACGCGCAUGAUGGGAAAAUAUGAUCUAGAUCGGACCUGAUAUGAAGAGCCGUGACUUUUCUGUAACACGUUCUAUGACUCCCAUGUCUAUAAUGCAUUAUAAACAAUCUUAUAAUGCGUCAUAAUCUGCUUGUAGCACUGCGUAUUUAUAGAUAUUAGCAUAUGACCUGACGUAGUUUCUGCAUGAUGACGCUGCUACAUGAACAGUAUAUAUACAUCCUUACAGUCAGUGUAUUAAUACAGUAACUUAGAUGGCGGUCGGCGUGCAACCAGCAACUCCCGCGUUCUGAGAGGUAAAAUUACUGUUUUUGUGUAGAAUAAUCACAUUAUAAUGCAUUAUAAGAACUAUUAUAAUGUAUUACAACUAUGGGAAUUAUAGUUAUUUUCAGACUAUGAUUCUUGCAAAUAAAAAAUGUCAGUUAAUUA